UCACCAUCACCCUCUAGGAGCAUUGAUACUCGAGCACCGCAACAACGGAUACAUUUUCCGUGCGUUACACUGACGUGCUCGAUACUCACUAUUUCACAUAAAAAUGUGUUUGUUAUAAUAGUAAAUUUGUUCUGCUCCUCGAAACAUCUUUCUCCAUGAAAGAUAACAUUUUUUAAAUAAUAUUAUUAUAAAUACGAACAAAAAUAACCGUACUACACACCGUUUAAUAAAUUUAUUGUGCCAGUGGAUCAUUUUAAAUCGUUCAGUGAUUUUUCCGCGUUCGUCUUUGACGUGGAAAAUAUUUUCCAUUUUUUUUUAACUUAUAUCUACCUACUCAAAAAUGCCGCCAUCGAGUAAAGAAUCGGCUAACGUAGCCGAAAGCUUGGCUGCUGAGGCUCCAAUCAACACACAAAACCCAGCAUUAGCGAUGCCCAGUACAACACUUAGGAUAGUCGCAUCUAGCGAGGAAUUUAUUACUGAAACAUUCUCGGAAGCUCCAACAGAAUCAACGGCAGCUAAAAUCGAAACAAAGAUAGAAAAUGUCGGAAAAGAAAUAACAGCAGCUACGGGAAUUCCAACAUGGGGCUUAGUAGCAAUUUUAAUUGCGGUGGGAGCAAUAGUCCUGGGGGUCUGCUUCUGCUGUAUAAGAAGAUGUUUCCGCAAACGCCGGUCAAAGGACGGGAAAAAGGGUCUUAAGGGUGCAGUAGACCUGAAAGGCGUUCAGCUCCUGGGAGGAACGUACAAGGAUAAGGUACAGCCGGAUAUGGAAGAACUUACGGACAACGCUGAAGAGCCAGAUGAGGCGGAGAGCAAACAGAGCGAGGUCAAACUUGGAAGACUACAAUACAAGCUUGAAUACGACUUUAAUUCAAACAGCUUGGCGGUGACGGUGAUCCGGGCCGAGGACCUGCCUGCUCUAGAUAUGGGCGGAACUUCAGAUCCCUAUGUAAAAGUUUACUUACUUCCGGAUAAGAAGAAGAAGUUUGAGACCAAAGUUCACAGGAAAACUUUGAGUCCUGAAUUUAAUGAAACGUUUACAUUUAAGAGUGUUCCGUACGCCGAUGCAAUGAACAAGACCCUAGUGUUUGCAAUCUUCGACUUCGACAGAUUUUCAAAACACGACCAAAUAGGAGAAGUCAAAGUACCGCUAUGCCAAAUAGACUUAGCUCAAACGAUCGAGGAGUGGAGAGAGCUGCAGAGCGUUGAAGGAGAAGGCGGACAAGACAACAAACUUGGUGACAUAUGCUUCUCUCUCCGUUACGUACCGACAGCUGGAAAAUUAACAGUCGUAAUUCUGGAGGCCAAGAAUCUAAAGAAGAUGGAUGUCGGCGGUCUCUCAGAUCCGUAUGUUAAAAUAGCGCUUAUGCAAAAUGGAAAGCGGCUGAAGAAGAAGAAAACUUCUAUCAAGAAAUGCACAUUGAAUCCUUAUUAUAACGAAUCCUUUACAUUUGAAGUUCCGUUUGAGCAGAUACAAAAAGUUAAUCUAGUAGUAACUGUGGUAGAUUAUGAUCGUAUUGGUACAUCAGAACCAAUUGGAAAAUGUGUUCUUGGCUACAAUGCAAGUGGUACUGAAUUAAGACAUUGGUCAGACAUGUUAGCAUCACCAAGACGACCAAUUGCCCAGUGGCAUACGCUCAAGGAUCCUGAGGAUGGUGAUAAGAAAGACUAAGAAAAUUAAAACCAAAAACAAUAUUAAA